UUUCUAUCAUAGUGGCACUAGUUCACAUGUAGUGGCCAGCUCUUUUUCUCGGAAGUCCCAACAUGGCUUCGUCAGGUAAAAAGGGGAAAAAAACUAAAGGCAAAACCUUAGCGUUAAAUGACUUUCUUCAGGAAACCCCAGGAACAACACCAACCAUUCGCAAAAGUAAUUGGGCUGAUGAAGUUGAAGAUAAUUAUGAUCAAUAUGAGAGCAGACCGAAAGACAACGUCAUAUUGCCGACUGCACCCAAGUCGGCACGUGGAUUUGAUGAGUUUAGCGAAAGGAUCCCUCAAAAUCCUCCAUUUAACGCAUACAUUACUAAUUUACCAUAUGAUGUGCGGGAUGAAGAGAUUGCAGAAUUCUUUGGAGGUCUUAAGAUUGCUAACAUGAGAAUUCCUCGAGAAGAACGCACAGGAGAACCACAAAGACUUAAGGGCUAUGGAUAUGUUGAAUUUGCGGAUCGUGAUAGUUUAAUUGGGGCGUUAAAUAUUACUGCCUGUACAUUAAAGAAUAGAAGAAUUAGAAUUGAGGUCGCCGAUAAUUCGGAUAAUGACAGAAAGCGUGGUGGUCGUAUGGACAAUAAUCGAGAUCGUUCCGAUAGAUCGGAAAUAACUUCAGGCGAUUGGCGUUCGAGGCCGCGAGUUGAUCCCCCUGAAAUGAGUCGCAGUCGCAAUAGCGGAUUUAGUCGUGAUCGAGAUAAUGCUCCGAUGGAUAGAGAUAAAGGAGGGUCUUGGCGCGACAAUCGCGAUCGCCCCAAUUUUAAAGAGAUGGAUAGAGGCAAAGAUGGAUUUGGAGAUAGAGGAAGGUUUAGUGAUAAAGAUGGAGAAAGAAGAGGUUUUGGCCCGAGAAGAAAUGAAGAUAGAGAAUUUUCGCGAGAUUCGGCUAUAGAUAGAGCCGAACCGAGGACUAGGCCUAAACUUAUGUUACAACAACGAUCAAUUCCUCCACAAGCAGACGUUGAACAAAAUGGUUCACAGGAAACAUCAAACACAGUGCCUACCAGUAGUAGUAUUUUUGGUGGUGCAAAACCAGUUGAUACAAGUAUUAGAGAGAGGCAGAUUGAAGAAUUGUUAGCAAAACAAUCUGAAAGGCAUGCUAGUGAUAGUAGGGAAAGUAGAAGAGAUGAUAGACGAGACUGGAAUAGAAGAGAUGACGAAGGAAGAUGGGGACGUGAUAAAAGAAAAGACUCUCCCAUAAGGAGGACCUCUCCAGAUUAUAGAAAUGACCAUUCGCCGGUUCGAAAUAGAAAUUCCUACAAUCAAAGAGGUGAUUCUCCUAGAAGAAAAUAUUCUCCAGAGAGGCGUAGAAGAUCCCCAGAAAUGAAAAGAGAUUCCCCUGAAAGACGUCGGUGGUCGCCAGAAUACAGAAGAGAUUCUCCAGAUAGGCGUAGGAGGUCCCCAGAUUCUCCUGAAAGAAGGCGCAGAAAGUCUCCAGAUUAUAGAGACAGUUCUCCAAUUCAUAGAAGAAAUUCGCUAGAUCGUAGACGAAAUCAUUCUACAGAUCGCCAGCGAAGGAACUCUCCAGAUAAUCGUAGGAAUUCUCCAGAUUACAGAGGAAAUUCCGCAGAGCGUUCAACAUAUUCUUCCGAUUUAAGAAGAGAUUCGCCCACUCGAAGGGAUAGCCCGCCAAGACAGCGGAGACGGUCACCCAAAAACAACUGGGAACAGAGAACACUGUCACCUGAACCAGCCGAUAGAUCCGAUUCUCCCGAACAGAGGCAAAUUUCCCCAGAGCGCAAGAAAAAAUCACCCGACCGAUCUAAAUCUACUCGUGCAAAUCAACGGAAAAAUGAUGAUCGUGACAAGAAGGGAUCUAAUAAGAAUGAAAAAUCUCAAAAGAACGAUAGAGAAAAAACUAGGAAAGAUGAGAAAACUACAAGGGAAAACCAUGAAAGAGAAAUGCCAAAAGUGCAAGAACCUGAGACACCCAAUUUUGCCGUUUCUAAUAAAUACGCUUUUUUGCCAGAAGAAGAUUGACGAUAGACAUAGGGACUGUUUAAAUUUAUUUCAACGUAUAUUUGAACUUUGUAAAAGUUUUGUAAAGAUGAUUUAUUUUGUAUAUUGUGCCAAUGUACGACACAAUUCUUAUGAUUUCUUAAAAAUGUGUAAUGCUAUUCACCUUUCAAUUUAUUUCAAAGUUGCUCGACUUAUGGCCCAGUAUAACUUUCUUUUUUCUAAUAUGGCAAUAAUGUAUUGUUAAUUAUCUUUUUUUGAAAGCUAUACUGGGCUGGAAUUUAAAAAAAUUGUAAAUUGCUUUGUUCUAGUUAUAUUGUGUGCAUAUGUUCCGCAUUGUAUAUUUAUAUUAAAAUGGGAAUAAAAAGGGGUAUAUUGUAAUUUU